AUGGUUGGGUCACGCAACGCGCCGCCAAAAGAUACUAGAAGCCGUCGCAGCCUCAAACUAGUCGACAAAGAUGGCGUCCCAGACAAGCGCACCAAGUCGCGCAUAGCAGAGCUCGAGGCCCAGCUGGAAGACUUCAAGAAAGGCGACAUUGACGCCUCUGCGGCCACGCUCAUGGCCAAGCUUGAUCAGGCCGUGGCAGAGCGAGUCAGGUUGGACGGCACGCUCAAGAGUCUGGAAAAAAUCAUUGCUAGCCAUCGCUCCUCACAGCUACAGGACUCCGGACGAUGGCUUUUAGAAACUGGCGGCGUGUCGAAGGAGAGGACUCCGAGCUUCACAAUGGUUCCCCAAGAUGGCUUGGGAUGUCCUCCCGUUGAGUCGGAAGGAGGAUGGGCAUCGUCUGGCACACCUGAUGUGAAUUCUGUCGUUUCGGCCGCCGUGAACAGCUCAGAGGGUAACACCUCCAUGACGGCAGAUACAGAGAAUUCGACUGCGAAUGUCGCUGAACUUGGCGAUGGCGACGGCAAUGGCGGCGAGAGCUCUUGCCGGGGACUGGACUCCUACCCGCCUGACAUUUCUUGCGCCGCUCUUCGCAUUAGGCUCAAGGCUCCCAACAUGACCCACAUCUGUCCAUGUCAUCCGCUUUCAUCGUCCAAUCCUUCGCAGAAUCUAGCCCACCCCUACGCCAUCAACUUCUUUGGAUGGCCUGGCCUUCGCGAACGUUUUAUUUUCGCCGAACACAGCUAUUGCGACAAUGCCUUUUAUGACGUGCUUUGCUCAAGCCUUCGAAUCCGUUGGCCGCUAAGUUUUCGCGACUGCUAUGUGCGGCAAGCAGACACUAACCUCUGCUCAAUAUCUCCCACAUUCUCCCAGUGCAUCUAUGACCUCCGAAACUGGGCGAUGGGGCCAGAUAUUUUUGAAAGAUAUCCCGAGUUUCGUAGUGACUUGCCGACGCUACAUGAGAGGCCUCACCCUGUGUCCAAUUUGCAGCAGUUGCAAUUCGCGGGUUCCAGGCCAAACGCUAUCCGAGAUACUGCAAGGGUGCAUGGUAUCGGUAAUGAUCAUGAUAUGGGAGAGCUCAGCGAGCUCUUCGGCUUUGGUACCAACAUAUUGUUGCCGAACGAAAGCGCUUCAGUAGAUCCUGAUAUUCUUCGUCAUAUGCUUACCAGUUGCAAGUAA